UGGUUUUUAAGGAGUUAAAAAAUAGGCUGAGUAUUACAGGAAAUCCCACUCAAACAAGGAAACGCCAUCAAACUUCCAUCAUCACGCAGUCGUUUUGGAAUCUCCCCUCUAUUUUCAUGAACAAAUGCGUCUAGACCAAUAUCUCUCGCCACAUUUCCUUCGAUCUGUGUAACCAAUUUAUCAUCAGGAUGUCAGUGACGGUGACCAAGGCAGAGGGAGUGACCGUUUUAACGCUGACCAGCAAUGAAGGUAGCAACUGUCCUUUGCUGUGUCAGAUACUGGGCAAUCUCUGCUAUAGUCCAGUAUGCACAGUGUCUCAGAAGCUGAAGAUGAAUUUAGGAGGAACUCUGACCGCACUGGGGGCUGCCCAGAUCAUGAUUGGAUUACUUACCAUUGGAGUUGGAUCCAUUUUAUUUGCAUCACAAUACUUUUUUUACACGUUUGCUUCUGAAAUUGCUGCUCCCUUCUGGCUUGGAUCUAUGUUCAUGGUCUUUGGUGUGAUGUGCAUCCUUGGAGAGAAGUUCCCAAGCCCAUGUCUGGUUGUCAUUACUGGACUGAUGAACAUGAUGGGCAUUGCCUUUGCGAUAACUGCCAUCGUGAUUUAUGCAGUUGAUAUUUCAUCUAGUUUUUGGGACUAUGGUUCCGAUUGUAGGGAGGAUAGGUACAAUGGGUACAACAAGAACUAUUAUGAUUCUACAGUGUCACCAACCCCACCUUUGGAAAGAGAAGAAAAUCUUUCAAUUUGCAAACGAAAUGCUGCCGCUGCCCAGAUGUUGAGGAGGGGAAUGGACAUCAUCAUCAUUAUUUGUGGCAUUGUACAACUUGGUGUUGCCGUCACUGCCUCCGUCCUGGCCUUUCGGUCUGCAUGCAAAAAGGGAAUCGCUCAACAGGAUCCUCAGCUUCAUGAGCCUCUGAUCUAUGAAACGUUGUCCAACCCAGCAGUCUAGAAUUGACAUUUCCACCUGGAAGCACCACAAAAACAUGUUCCCCACUUCUCCUGUAAAUACAUUAUUUUCCCACUUUAGUAGUGUUCUGAAUUAGUGCACAUACUAUCUGUACUUAAAAGUAGACUAUGUAAUUUUAGUUGUUUACUUUCCAAAUGAAUGAUGCCCAUUCACGUUUUUGAUCUUUUCAUGAAUAUUUUUCUAAGUAAUACACUUUAUUAGUCUGAAUAAAGCACAGUGAGUUUUGCAGCCAAAACUAAGUGUGUGUGAAAGUGUUAACUCUUAAGUCCUAAUGAAUAGUUAGAAAUUGUUGGUGGUGGUAAUAGGCCUAUACAUGCAUAAGGUCAAAUUUGUGAAUGGGCUGCAAAAAUUCUGAAAAUAAACUACUUAAACAUGA